AUGGCUUGCGCAUUGUCAGGGAACAGCUGCACAGUCACAAGUAGCAGAUUGGUGUUCAAAAGGUCCCGGAAUGAGCCCAAGAAGAGGCACAAUUUGCAUUUAUUCAGAGUGAGGGCUUCUGCUGAGGAUUCUGAUUGCAAUACUGAAGAAUGUGCACCUGAUAAGGAGGUAGGGAAAGUGAGCAUGGAAUGGGUAGCUGUGGACAAUACAAAAGUUGUUGGUACAUUUCCACCGCGGAAGCGUGGUUGGACUGGGUAUGUUGAAAAGGACACUGCUGGCCAGACUAAUAUAUACUCUGUUGAGCCUGCAGUAUAUGUCGCAGAAAGUGCAAUCAGCUCUGGGAAUAGAGGGUCGUCUGCCGAUGGAUCUGACAAUACUGCAGCUAUUACCGCUGGGAUUGCUCUAAUUUCUAUAGCGGUCGCUUCAUCAGUACUUCUGCAAGUUGGAAAGAACGCUCCUGUGAUUCAAACAGCAGAAUAUUCGGGGCCAUCUCUUAGCUACUACAUCACCAAGUUUACGCCUCCAGAAAUUGCUGAAGCAACUGUGCCCACCUCAGCAUCUUUACAAACUGAAAGCUCAGCUCCAGAAGUUUCUCAAGCUAAGGUUCAAUUGGAAGCUCAGCAGGACAUGUCAACAUCCAGCUCUAACAUUUCUUAG